AUGUUUGGAAGAACGUCCUCGGGAUUCGGGGGAUUCAGUGGCAAUAACGCAGCAUCCACUUCCCCAUUUGGUAAUGCUGCUAACACAAACUCCUCACCGUUUGGCCUGAACACCAACACAACCUCGGCUUUUGGUUCCAACUCUGGAGGUGUGUUUGGAAAUUCUACCAACACCAACCAGCCCAGCGCCUUUGGAGCCUCCAACACGGGCUCUGCGUUUGGAAACACUGCCAAUGCGGGAAACUCCACCUUUGGCGCCACAAAUUCCGGCUUUGGCCAAUCCAAUUCCAUGUUCCUGGGCAACCAAGCCAAUACAUCCUCUUCUCCUUUUGGAAACAACACCACGGCAGCUAGCGGUGGAGCAUUUGGCUCUUCCAGCACCGGCGGUGGUAUUUUUGGCUCGUCAGCUCAGAAGCCAUUCGGUUCGUCCUUCGGAACGCCCCAGAACACAAACACUUCUCCGUUUGGUGCCACCACUCAACCUGGAGGUGCGUUUGGCUCUGCUGGUGAUCCUAACACCAACAAUGGUACCGCUGUUAAGCCCUUCACGCCUUUCUCUGAGAAGGACACUUCAGGCACGAACUUCUACCAGAGUGUUAGUGCAAUGCCCGACUACAAAAACUUUUCGGUCGAGGAGUUGCGCUUGAAAGAUUACGAACAGGGCAGACGCUACGGUAACGGCACUGCUGCAAAUACUUCUGGUUUUGGUGCUCCUGCCACUUCUGGCUUUUCAUUCGGUGCCAACAACAAUGCUGCCAACACUAACGCUACCUCAGCAUUUGGAGCUUCCAACAACAAUGCAUUUGGAGGCACGGGCUCAGCAUUUGGAGCUUCCAACAACAAUACUGGCUCGGCGUUCGGCUCGGCCUUUGGUGCCAACAACACUGCCACUAACACUGGUGGUAUCUUCGGUCAGUCUAAUACCAAUUCCUCCCCGUUUGGAGCCAAUAACACCGCCAGCAACGCCGCAUCGGGUGGUUUUGGCUCUGCUUUUGGAAGCACCAACUCUGCAUUUGGUGCCAACAAGCCUUCAGCUUUUGGUUCAGCUUUUGGUGGCUCCACUAACACUGGCUUCGGUGCUACCAACAACACCAACACUGGCCUGUCUGCGUUUGGCGGAGGAUUUGGAUCGAACAGUUCGCCCUUCGGCCAGAACAACAAUAACAGCGCCGCCACUAAUGCAUUCGGCACCACCAACAACAACAACAACAACAACAACAGUUCUCCUUUCGGUGGUGCCAAUAAUACCUCUACUAAUGCUGGAGGACUUUUUGGCUCGAACAACAACACUGGAGCCUUUGGCUCCAACAACACCAACUCAGCAUUUGGAGCCAACACUAACAACAAUGCUAGUGGAGGCUUGUUUGGUCUGAACUCCACAUUCGGGAAGCCUGCAGCCUCUGGUGGUCUCUUAGGUAACAAUAACAACCAGUCUACCGCCUUUGGUGCCAACACGAACAACAACACUGGCGGCGGCUUGUUUGGCUCGGCAAGCAACACCAAUAAUAAUACUGGAGGCGGCUUAUUCGGUAGCAACAAUCAGAAUAACAAUUCUGGAGGCUUGUUUGGUGCUAACAACAAUACUCAGAACAACACCUCAGGUGGUCUCUUCGGAAGCACAGCACAGAAUAACAACAACAACACAGGUGGCGGCCUAUUUGGUGCCAAGCCGGCUACUGGGGGCUUGUUCGGUGGAAGUAACUCUGGAAAUACUGGAGCAAACACUAGCUUUGGUGCAACUCAAAACACUGGAACCUCCGGUGGCUUGUUUGGUAGCAAGCCUGCGGGCACUACUGGUGGUUUAUUUGGUAGCAACAACACUGCUACCAAUACUGGGAGUGCGGGUGGUUUAUUUGGUAACAACAACGCUGGCCAAUCUACUGGGGGAGGUCUAUUUGGUAAUAACACCCAGAACACUUCUACUGGAACUACCGGUGGGCUUUUUGGAAAGCCUGCUACGAACAAUCUUGGACAGAGUGGAGGCUUGUUUGGAAACAACAAUGCUACGGCGAACACAAAUACAUCAGCCAACAAUGGUGGAGGAUUGUUCGGAGGACAACCGCAACAGAACGGUCAGCAGAGCAUUGUCAACAUCAAUGCUUUAAACCCAUAUGGUGACAAUCAGCUCUUUAACGCUCUCACCAAGUCCAUCCAGGAGACGGGAACUGUUCCAACUGCUGUUGCUGUGGAUUCGCAAAGAAAGAAGAAGGUUUCAUUAGCUUCUGCCCAUAAAGCUGCUCCACUCUUUGGUCCAUCAAGAGUGGUUACGCCACCAGUGUCAACACCUAAGUUUGAGAUUCAACCUACUAUUAACUCAACCAAACAGACACCAUUCACUGCUGAAGUUGACAGAGCCAUUUUGUCUUCAGAUAUAUUUUCUCCAAAGAGCGACUUCAGAAAAUUGGUUGUGAACGGCUCCAGCGAACCUUCUUCAAGCCUCAUUGCAUACGAUGCCCCCAAGGAAUCCCCUACGAGAGUAUCAUUUGACGUUGCCAAGAAAGAAAUUGAACCCGCUGUUUUGGAGAGUAAGCCGGAAAACGAAGUUGACGAAGACGGAUACUGGACGUUACCACCAUUAUCUGAGUUGAGAAAGAAGUCAUUGGGUGAGUUACGUAAAAUCGAGAACUUCACGAUCGGACGUAAGCACUACGGAGAACUCAGAUUCUUAAAGCCUGUUGACUUAUCUGGAUUCAACUUGGACGAAAUUUGCGGAAAUAUUGUCGAGUUCAGCUCAAGAAAUGUGGUCGUCUACCCUGAUGACAAUCAGCCCAAGGAAGGUGAAGGUUUGAAUAUCCCAGCGGAAGUAACUCUAGAGGGAUGUUAUCCAAUUAACAAGAAGACGAAGUUGGCUAUUUUGGAUCCAAAGGAUGAGAUUGUGAAGAAGCAUAUCGAGAAGUUGAAAUCUUUGAAAGAGAUGAAGUUCAAGAAUUAUGACCCUAACACGGGAAGCUGGACUUUCACAUUCGAUCAUGUUUAA